CUAAUUCAGGGAAAACUGGCUGAUAUGUAUACUACAUUAAAUGCUUGCCGAUCCUAUUUAUAUAAUACUGCUCGAGCCACUGAUAAUGGACAUGUAAGCUCAAAGGAUUGUGCUGGGGUCAUUUUAUACUGUGCAGAAAAAGCUACACAAGUUGCCUUAGAUGCAAUUCAGUGUCUUGGAGGAAAUGGCUAUGUUAAUGAUUAUCCUACUGGGAGGUAUUUGAGAGAUGCAAAAUUAUAUGAAAUUGGUGCUGGAACUAGUGAAAUAAGACGUAUGCUGAUUGGAAGGGCAUUAAACAAUGAAUAUUCUUAGGUAUUGAGUAUUUUUGCUUCUCAAUAUGGAAUAAAAAUAUGGUCCUUCGGUUGGAGGAAUAUAAACUCUUUAGUAAUUUCUAUGGUGCCUUUUUAUAUAUAGUUGUCAAUAUGAAAGAAUAUAUUUUUUUAUUGAGACUAGAUAGUUUUUUAUAAUUGCUAUUGUUGAAUGAAUAUUAUACGUAUAUAUAUUAUUCUAUUAAAACUCUAAUUAUUUUUUCUCUAUGUAAAAUCUCCUAAAUAUUGUGUACUUCUCUCUGUUGUCAAAUUUCGCUUAAUUAUAUAAUUAUACAAUAUUGUUAUAAUUAAGCAAUUAGUACAAAUACUUUUACUUAAUACUUUUCUUUAUAAACAUUUGAGCAGCAUUGGAAAUAGAAAUUUGUUAACAUAGGGUUAUUGUUAUAUAACUUUGAAGUAUUUCAGAUGCAUUGUAUAUUGUAAUAUUAAACCUACUUCUUAUAUGAUUUAA